CGGAUCGAGGAACGGCAGUCCGCGGCUGACACUCGCUGAGAUCGCGUGACGUGCUUCCCCGACGGAAUGUCCCCACGAUCCACCGUCGUCGACGAGCUAAACUAGUCGGUGCUAUCGGCUGCUGGUGCUGAUCAGUGAUCAGUGUUGUCCCGCGAAGACUUGCCUCCGGAUCCUCUUCGGGCACCAGUGAACCUAGAGUUCCCUUGUUUCGGCUCGGUUCCCACUGCAAAGAGGACCUCGUGUGUUGUUCGCAGGGGUGGGGGAAUAUGUGACAAGGUUCGUGAACACGUGGACCAUCGGGACCCAUCGAGAAGCAUCGAGAAGCAUCGGGAGCCAUCGGGAACCAUCGGGAAAUUAUCGAGAACUGAAAUCAUGGGAUAAAGGGACGAAGUGAAAGCCCUCUGAUCGAUCGACUCUGAUAGAUCGCUUCUAACGAGGAGAGAGAGAGAAAGCGAGAGAGAGAAAGGCGCACGCCGAGAGAUCGCGGCGGGCCCAUUGGUCCUCAGAGACCUAAUGGCACCCGACCUUGAGAAGAAGCGGCAGGAACUCAGGAGGACCAGCAGCGGUACCUUGGACCACCCCGGCCAUGAACACUUUCACAUGCUGCUGCAGCUUCGCUGCAACGGACACGCGCUGACCGAGCCCUAUCGACACGGUAACAAUGCAGGCGGUAGAUCAUCAUCGGUGACAGGAUCGGUUCAAAGGAGCACCGUCACGUCGAGCAACCGCGCGCACUCCGCCAGCCGAAGGAUCAGCCAUCAGCAGCGUCAGCAGCAACAGCAACAGCAGCAGCCGCCCAGAAUACCCUUGGGAUCCUUACGAAACUCGGAUGACCACGUGCCAAGAGCCAGCUCGGCACAGGACGUUUGCGAUAACUCGAACGAUUCCGGGCUUGGCUUCGAGGAACGUCAGCAACAUCUCACCACUGCAAACGCUUGGAACGGCGCCGGCGAGGAGGACUCGAAGAGGAGGAAGAUGGACAUCAAGCUCGAGUCCGAGGACGCGAACUUCGCGUUCCCGGAGGUGGCGCACGCCACCAGCCCGGAGACCAAGAACGGGACCAGAACCACGGCGAACGGGAGCAUAGGGCUCGCAACGAUAUCCGCCAACAGGAACGGGACCGGUUCCGGACGAGUCGUGGACGUGCCCAGAUCCAGACCCGGCAUGGGAGUACUCGCCAAGAGGCCGCCCCCAGCGCACCAAGGUCCACUCACCCUCACUUCUCAGUUGUGCAGCGCUUCCUCGGACGGAAAAGUGCAACUGCAGAUUAUCUGCCAGCCGGAGCAGCAGCACCGGGCCCGCUACCAAACGGAGGGCUCGAGAGGCGCGGUGAAGGACCGCACCGGGAACGGGUUCCCGAUCGUCCGACUGGUCGGUUACGACAAACCGGCGACCCUACAGGUUUUCAUCGGCACGGAUCUUGGCCGUGUCGCGCCGCACAUGUUCUACCAAGCUUGCCGGGUGAGCGGCAAGAACUCGACCCCUUGCAUCGAGCGUAAAAUCGAUGGAACGAUAGUGAUCGAGGUGGACAUGGACCCCACGAAGGACAUGAUGGUCACCUGCGACUGCGUCGGGAUCUUGAAGGAGCGGAACGUGGACGUGGAGCACAGAUUCCCCCAGGAAGCCAGCAUCCGUCAAGGUCGCAGCAAGAAGAAGUCGACCCGCUGUCGCAUGGUCUUCCGCACGACGAUCACCCACCCCGAUGGUACCUCGGAGACCUUGCAAGUCUGCUCGCAACCGAUAGUCUGCACUCAACCGCCGGGCAUCCCAGAGAUCUGCAAGAAGUCCCUCACCUCCUGCCCCUGCACCGGCGGCCUGGAGCUCUUUAUCCUAGGGAAGAACUUCCUGAAGGACACGCGCGUGGUGUUCCAACUGGACAACGACGAUCUAACGAGUAGCUUGGAGCCGCGCUGGGAGUGCGCCGUGCUGCCCGACAAAGAGUUUCUGCAACAGACGCAUCUUGUUUGCGUCGUGCCCGCCUACAGACGGCAGGACCUCGCGCCCUCGGAAAGGGUCAGCGUGAAACUGUACGCGGUGUCUUCUGGGAAGACCAGCGAACCCCAUACCUUCCUCUACACCGCCACGUCCACGCCACCGGAGCCAUCGGUGGGCAAGAUCGAACCCCUGACGCCGCCUCUGUCCACAGCGAACGGCGACUCAACCCUCGCGACGUCCCCCACGGCAGUGCCCCUGACGACAGGUGUUGCAGCAAACACUCUGAUCAACCAAUCAGCAGCAGGUACGCCGAAUUUCUUGUCCACGAUGCAACCGCAACAGCCGUCGUCUCAGACGAGCGAAGCUCUGAAGAGCGAUCCCAGUCCUCCGCCGGUCACGGCGUCCUCGCAGGUGACGCCUGUGAUGAUGUGGGCGGCACAGAGUCCCAGUUGCCAGAACUCGCCACCGGACGUGAUGAUGCCACCCCCGGCUAUGGUGGCGAACACGCUACUGAACCGUCGGUCGUCCUCGAAUCUUCAGCUGAUCCUGCCCGAUAACUUAAAGACGGAGGUGCUGGACGAGAACAGCGAGAACAGCAUGAUCAGCGAGAACAGUAUGCAAAGCAUACCUACACCGACGGCGAACGGCUCGUCCGGGACCAGCCCUUUGCAACAGCUGGUCAGCGAGAACUCUCUAGAGACGACGCAGACCAACCUGAUCAGGUCGGUGCCCGUGGCGCCGAACGGCUCGCCGGUACAAGAGGCGGUCAAUAUUCUGGGCGUGGUCGAUAUGAUGCGGAACCAACACUCUCUGUCGAUGGUGACGACCCAUCAGAACGCCUACGGAGGUAUGCACGAAUCGUCUCAAGUCAAAGUCCUAAGUCCCCAUCAUAUCAACAAAGACCCUAAUGCAAUGUUGACGGCAGACGGCAGCCCUAACGGAACCCUCCAGGGUGGCGGAGUGGUAGACCUACGGAUGAAACACCAUCAGUCGGAGUUCGCAGCCCUCUCGAAUUUCGCCGUGUCUUCGAACGGACAACCGUUGCCCGCCCAGAGCGGCCACAGCGUGGAGAAGUAUCUGAACCACAUCGAAUCCAACGCGAAGGAGGUUGAGAGCCAGGAGAACGGCUAUGUGGCUAACAUGCAGCAACGUGCUUCCAUAAUAGCCUCGGGUCGGCAGCCGCAACAAACUCAAUCCGCUAACAUGCUAGCCCCCGCCAGCCAAGGCGUUAAAUUGGAUACUUUGGUGAACCCUGCUGGCGAGACUCAUCAGCUGGUCUCGCCGCUGCGAACUGUCAACCCUAGCAACAACGCUUUGAUGACCCAUGUCGCUGUGAACGACCAUGAAACGAUACCGAGCCCCCAACAGACCAGAAACAGCCCACCGAUGCCGGUGCUUUUGGAAGCGCUGAUGCCGUCGCAGACUGUUCAACCCCUAACAAACGGUGCCCCGUCAGUCUCUCCUCCGGCGGUGCAAGAACAAUCCUCCGGAGAUAGUUUGUUGACCACCAUCAACGCUGCCUUGCUGCCGGCCAUGCAAGAGCCGCCGGUGACAGCUAACGGCGCGUCCUCCGCCAGCGUACCAUCCCAUAAUUCAUUGCAAGUCACGAACGACACUAUGUCGGCAGCGUCUGAUCACAUUCCCCAGAUACAAGGUCUGAUUCAGCCGGAUGUGGUAGCGAUGCAGCAGGUGCAACAGGUGGAGCAAGUUGUUGCACAGGCGCAGCAGCAGGUUGAGCAAGUGGUCGCCCAAGCGCAGCAGCAAGCGGUGCAGGCGGUUCAGCAAGCGCAACAGCAGGUCGUUCAGCACGUGGUGCAGCACGCACAAGUUGUCCAGCAGGCUGUGCAACAGGUGCAAGCUGUUCAGCAGGUUCAGGCUGUGCCGGCGGUCCAACAAGCCGUUCAGCAGGCUACUCAGGAAGUGGUCCAGCAAGCGGUUCAGCAGGCGACGCAGGAUGUGGUGCAACAAGUUCAAGCUGUUCAACAAGCGGUGCAACAGGCGCAGGCUGCCCAGGCGAUGCAGCAGGCGGUUCAACAAGAUAUCGGGUCCAUGUUGAACCAACCGGCUGGCUUCGUUGCCGAAGCUAGCUCCGCCCUUGCCAGUGGAGCAGCUCAAGAACCGUCUCAGCAGAGAUUGACCACCGCCGCUGAACAGGCGAUUAACAGUGUUAUCACCAACGCUACUCAGGACAUCAUCAACACCAUCGUUAACGAUAGAUCUAUACCCAUUACUACGACCACCGCCCAUGCCAUUAUCGCUACCAAGAAUAUUCUGAACAGCGUGGCCACACAAAGUGCCCAGCUGAUGAACAGUGCCAUGGAAGGGAUCCUACCCAAGUCCCCGUCCAGUCAAAACAAUAUCGUCGAACAAGUAACAAGUAAGUCGCCACCGGUCGCGAUGCCAGUCACGCCCAGCAGACAAAACGUGAACCCACCCAUAACGAAUGCCACCGGCAACGCGGCUGGGACCACCAUCAGAAAACAGGAAGACGGCAUGCUACCGCAGGAACUGACGUCAAUGUCGGAGCAUGAUCUUCUCAGCUACAUUAAUCCAAGCUGUUUCGACCCGCAGAACGGUUUUCUUAUGUAGUGCUGUUAUAUAUUCUUGUCUUUGAACAUGAAAUUUUAUAUAAGGUGUUCGAGAUCCUAUUCGAAUACGGAACGAGUGACUAAUCCCAGCCAAUCGGGCAACACGGUUGACCGAAUUCGGUUUGGUACAAGUUCUAUAUAUCUGUGCCACAUUGUCGUUUCAGACUUUGUAUGUGAUAAACAAAAACAAAUCCGCUUUUGUACGAUGAAAGAAUGGACGAAGUUUGCCACCACCUUUGUAAUCAAAUCGACGAAACUAUUAUCAUUGUUAAGUAAGACGGGCGCACGAGAGCGCGACAAUUAGGGUUUCUCCUCCUUUAUUCUUCCUUUUUCUACGAGUUGUCCGACGUAAUAAUUCAUUUUAUUUAUCUUUAUCAACGCCUCUUGCGAGUUCAGGUGCCUUUCUUCCCCGAGCCCCACUGUAAAUGUAUCUCUCAGAAUUGGUACGUCCCCUUUUCUUUUUCACGGACAUUGUCCGUGUUGUCCGUCAACGGGUGUGUUAGUGUAUCCUAGUAAUCGACGAUGUACUGAACCCCCUCAAGUGUAAGUGGAAUCGUGAAAUUGAGUAUAGCGAUGAUGAAAAUCUUAUGUUGCCUGUACCCUGUAUCCUGAAACGGUAAAUACUUGAGUUUUACAGUUCAUAGAUGCAUCCUUUUAUUCUCUUUCUCUUCUCCUCCAAUUGUCUUGACUUGAUUUCAUUGCGGAAAAAUGGAUCAUCUUGUUGUUUGACGUCGUUUCUAUUAUAUUUUUAAGUAAUAAUAUAUAUAUUUCGUAUGUUGUUUAAUAAUUGAAUAUUUUUGUUGAUAAUUAAUACGAAUAAUACAAUAUCAUGUGAUUGCGUUGAUGGUUAUCGAUAUACUAAAUAGGUGUAUAUGAAAAUGACAGAGAGAUUAUAUUAUAUGUCAGUACGAGGAAUAAUUAAUAUAGAAAUAUAUAUCAUUGAUUAUCAUUGAAGGACAGUUUAAAAACUAAUGGAACUGCUGUUGAGUACUGUGUUAGAUGUUUCAUACCUAGGCUCAUCUUUUCACUUCUGAUGGUACUACCGAUUCUAUAAUAAUAUUGGCUAAUCUCAUUUAACGAUACUUGUUUCCAAAGUUUUCAUUCACCUUGAAUUCUACGAUUAACUAAAAGUCUUUCUCUCAUUUUUGGUUCUCGUUUAAGGCCAUUGAUGAGAUCUUCGAGUACAGAGGAACUGGCCAGUGAUUUAUGUAUUAUCAGAGUGGCCUGUUUUAAAAGUUGAUAUCAUAAAUUUAUCUUUAUCGUCUUGCUCGAACUCAGCACUUUCCUGUUUGAACGAUGCCAUGAACAUAGUGUGUUUAGCGUCCACUGUCGGAAAUCUAAGUUUCCGUACCUUCAUCCCCCUGUACCUCUCUUUACUUUCCUGGAAUCAGGUCCUACAUCGUAGACUAUCUUGGAAGCAAGUUCCAGAGCUAAAAAAUGAUCUUUUGUCGAAGAUCAAUUCAUCAGCGUAGUCAACACAGUGCCUCUCGAAUCCUAUUUGGAGAUUUUGACAAAUUGAGAUCAAGCCCUGUGUGCUUGGUGAAGAAGGUCGCCAGGUGCGAAACCUGCGAUACUGUACUACUUGGCUAUGCCCGUAUGCCGUAUAUAUAAUCAGGCUCCCAGGCUUGGACCCAAUAAGCUCGUUGUUAGACAGACUGACAGAUGAAAUCGUACAGUUUGUCCAAGCUGUAACGUUCUAUGAACUUAUAAAGGCUAAAUCCAAAUAAACGAUUAACUUCUAUAUCAUUGAGAUAUAUAAUAUAUAUAUAUUUUAUGUUUACCCAAAGAGAGAAGCAGAUAAUCGGACAAAGUGAGCUUAUUAAGAAUAUAAUGAGAAUAUUAUAUAUUAUAUAUUGUAACAUCAAGUUACGCGAGGGUUUCUCCCUUUUGUUCAAGAAGAGGGGUGCUAUGUACCGUGUGUACGAAUACUCGCCAACAUUAAUCUAGUAAGAGACAGAUUUUAUAAUGAAAGAUAUUGAAACAUUUAUUGUUGUGAUAUGUCUUUGUAGCAAAGAAAGAAAGAAAGAAAGUAUAUAUAUAUGUAUAUGUAUACGAAACGUACAUGUAUAUAUAUAUGUAUAUGCAUAUAUAUGUACAUAUAUAUAAUUUUACAUCGAUCAUCUAUUUACGUGUCACGUGUUUUAGAGGGUCAUUUAAAAGACAAAACAAGACCAUGAACACUGAGCAUUGACUAAACGAACCGAUCAUUAUACUAUAUGGUAUGUACUCUCGUGAAAUUGUAAACAUUUACUAUACACUGUACUGUACGCACAUUUGUAGCGUCGUCAGCUUAUUGCAUCGAGAACGAAAAAUUACAAGCAUGUACUAUCAUUUUAUUCUCCUGUAAAUUGAAUAAAUGUUUCACAGCAUUGCUUUUCCAAUAAUUUUUUCAGUCAACUUGGGUAUGGAUUUAGUAUAGGCUUAAUAAAGCUAUAAAAGAAUAAA